UGCAGAUAAUGCGUUCGCUUUUUACAGUGUAGAAUCUGCUGUUUUGCUCCACCUGGGUCUUUUAAAAGUCAGUGGGCUGUGUCUGUCUGCCUUUGACCUAAAGGCAGGAGUGUGUCUCUGGACUGGAGCCUCCAGUUCUGAGAAGUGAAGAUGUUUCGCCUCUUUGGAUGGUGUCUCGGGUUUAGUAUGUUUGGAAUCGGUAUCGGUGUCCUGGUUUUUGGCUACUGGAGACUAUUUAAAUGGAACAGAGAAAGAAGGAGGCUGCAGAUUGAAGAUCUGGAGGCUCGGAUCAGUCUCCUCCCCCUGCUGCAAGCGGAGCACGACCGCAGGACACUGCGGAUGCUAAGACAGAAUCUAGAGGAAGAAGCCAAGAUUAUGAAGGACGUUCCCGGCUGGAAGGUUGGCGAGAAUGUUUUCCACACAGACCGCUGGGUCACCCCGCUCAACGAUGAACUGUUCAACCUCCGGCCAGCUGAGGAGCUGCUGCACAAGAAGUUUGGUUUCCAGUGGUACGUCUAAACUGCAGCGCCCCUCCUCCUCCUGCUGCACUGAAGGGAGGCUCUGAGGACCCGGUGACAUCGGGAGUAGGGGCUGUGUGCCCCGGGCUCUACGCCUGCUGUAAAUCUUUAAUAUUAAAUACAUUUUUCUCUGUUUCAA